GGAGACAUUUUUGUUGUUUCAUUUUGAAAGCAUCAGCCACAUUGUCAACAUCUUGGAGAGGAUGGCAAUGGAAAUCUAACGACAGAAGCCAUGAUAGCUUUCAUGAACAUCGCCUUUCUAGUUGCCCUGUUCCUGCUCAAUUCAGAUCGCAUUCAGAAAGCCAUUGAGAUAUGCAGCGAAUGUUUGAUUUUGCUAAAUAACACCGAUCAAAACAGCAAAGACCAAUUUAAAACACUACUGCUACAAUUUUACAGCGCCUUCAAUUUACUUCUUUUCAAGGCUUAUCGUCGUAUCUCUGACUACAUAAGUGCGGAAAGAUACGGCAGGAAACUGCUUGUCUUAUACAGCGAGUCUGGUGACUUAGAAAGAGAAGGAGAUAUAAGCUUAGCUCUUGCAGAGAUUGUUGAGAGUCAAAACAGGUUUACAGAUGCCAGACAACUUUACGUAAAAGCAGUUAAUAUCAAGAGAUUAACUGCAACCGAAAUUGGCGACAAAGAAGGAGAAGCAUCCUGUUGCGAAAACCUAGGAACGUUGCUUCAGUUACUCGGGGAAUGCGACAAGGCUAAACAGUAUUUCAAAAAAGCGCUUCUCAUCAGAACUGAAAUUGGCGACAGAAAAGGAGAGGCAACUGACUAUGGAAACCUAGGAACUGUGUUUCACUCUCUCGGGCAAUACGAAAAGGCUAUAGAGUAUCUCCGAAAAGCGCUUGUCAUCAAAUCUGAAAUUGGCGACAGAAAAGGAGAGGCAACAUGCUAUGGAAACCUGGGAACUGUGUUUCACUCGCUCGGGCAAUGCGACAAGGCUAUAGAGUAUCUCCAAAAAGCGCUCGUCAUCAGAACUGAAAUUGGCGACAGAAGAGGAGAAGCAUCAUGUUAUGGAAACUUAGGAACUGUGUUUCAGUCGCUCGGGCAAUACGACAAGGCUAAAGAGUAUCUCCAAAAAGCGCUUGUCAUCAGAACUAAAAUUGGCGACAGGGAAGGAGAGGCAACUGACUACGGAAACCUAGGAACUGUGUUUCAUUCUCUCGGGCAAUAUGACAAGGCCAAAGAGUAUCUCCAAAAAGCGCUUGUCAUCACAACUGAAAUUGGCGACAGAAGAGGAGAAGCAUCAUGUUAUGGAAACCUAGGAACUGUGUUUCAGUCGCUCGGGCAAUAUGACUUGGCUAAGGAGUAUCUCCAAGAAGCCCUCGCCAUCAGAACUGAAAUUGGCGACAUAAGAGGAAAAGCAUCAUGUUAUGGAAACCUAGGAACUGUGUUUCAGUCGCUCGGGCAAUACGACAAGGCUAAGGAGUAUCUCCAAGAAGCCCUCGCCAUCAGAACUGAAAUUGGCGACAGAAGAGGAGAAGCAUCAUGUUAUGGAAACUUAGGAACUGUGUUUCAGUCGCUCGGGCAAUACGACAAGGCUAAGGAGUAUCUCCAAGAAGCCCUCGCCAUCAGAACUGAAAUUGGCGACAGAAGAGGAAAAGCAUCAUGUUAUGGAAACCUAGGAACUGUGUUUCAGUCGCUCGGGCAAUACGACAAGGCUAAAGAGUAUCUCCAAAAAGCGCUUGUCAUCACAACUGAAAUUGGCGACAGAAGAGGAGAAGCAUCAUGUUAUGGAAACCUAGGAACUGUAUUUCAGUCGCUCGGGCAAUAUGACAUGGCUAACGAGUAUCUCCAAAAAGCGCUCGUCACCAGAGCUAAAAUUGGCGACAGGGAAGGAGAAGCAACUGACUACGGAAAUCUUGGUACUGUGUUUCAGUCGCUCGGGCAAUACGACAAGGCUAAAGAGUAUCUUCAAGAAGCCCUCGCCAUCAGAACUGAAAUUGGCGACAGAGAAGGAGAGGCAACUGACUACGGAAACCUAGGAACUGUGUUUCAGUCGCUCGGGCAAUACGACAAGGCUAAAGAGUAUCUCCAAAAAGCGCUUGUCAUCACAACUGAAAUUGGCGACAGAAGAGGAAAAGCAUCAUGUUAUGGAAACCUAGGAACUGUAUUUCAGUCGCUCGGGCAAUACGACAAGGCUAAAGAGUAUCUCCAAAAAGCCCUCGCCAUCAGAACUGAAAUUGGCGACAGAAGAGGAGAAGCAUCAUGUUAUGGAAACCUAGGAACUGUGUUUCAGUCGCUCAGGCAAUACGACAAGGCUAAAGAGUAUCUCCAAAAAGCGCUUGUCAUCACAACUGAAAUUGGCGACAGAAGAGGAGAAGCAUCAUGUAAUGGAAACCUAGGAACUGUGUUUCAGUCGCUCGGGCAAUACGACAUGGCUAACGAGUAUCUCCAAAAAGCGCUUGUCAUCAGAACUAAAAUUGGCGACAGAGAAGGAGAGGCAACUGACUACGGAAAUCUUGGUGCUGUGUUUCAGUCGCUCGGGCAAUACGACAAGGCUAAGGAGUAUCUCCAAGAAGCCCUCGCCAUCAGAACUGAAAUUGGCGACAUAAGAGGAAAAGCAUCAUGUUAUGGAAACCUAGGAACUGUGUUUCAGUCGCUCGGGCAAUACGACAAGGCUAAAGAGUAUCUCCAAAAAGCGCUUGUCAUCACAACUGAAAUUGGCGACAGAAGAGGAGAAGCAUCAUGUUAUGGAAACCUAGGAACUGUGUUUCAGUCGCUCGGGCAAUACGACAAGGCUAAAGAGCAUCUCCACAAAGCGCUCAAAGCUUUAUCCAUAUCUAGAGAUAUUGGAGACAGAAGAAAAGAGUUCCAAAUCCUUCAAGAGCACGCUAUUUUGUAUUUAUUUCAAAAUAAACUCAAAGACUCCCUUUUGUGUCUUCACCUGUGCAUUGAAAAGUAUGAGGAGCUGAGAUCUUUCUUGGGCGCCAAUGAUCAGUUCAGAACAUCAUUUCUGGAGGACUCAGGAACAUUUACCCACAAGCUGCUUUCUAAGUUGCUUUGUGCCACCGGAAAUUCUCGGGAUGCUCUUUACGUUGAGGAGUUGGUUCGAGCCAGAGGCCUAUCAUACUUGAUGACAGAGAAGUACUCGGUUGAAACGCACAUCUCUGCUAAUCCACAAUCUUGGUUUGGCAUUGAAGACAUCUCUAGAAAGGAAGACAACUGUACUUGUCUGUACAUUUCUUAUUUUCAAAAUGAUUUGCAUUUGUGGAUCUUGAAAACAAGUGGAGUCCUUCACUUUAAAAGAAUAUCUGUGGAAGAGAAUCUAGUUCAGGCUGGGUUGCCCAAAGAUUUGCCUUUAAGUAAAUUUUUGGCAGAUUGUUUGCAACCUCUCUCCCUCGGGCAAAAGAGCUCAGCAAGAUUGCGACUCGUGGAGGAACACGAGGACAAGAACGAAGGAGUCAUUUCAAGUCUAUCUUUGUGUUACAAAAUGUUUAUUGCCCCCGUUUAUGAUUUGCUUGAGGAGCCUGAAGUCAUAAUCGUCCCUGACCGCUGUUUGUACCAAGUUCCGUUUGCUGCUCUCCGUGAAAAGGAGGGGGCCGAAUACCUGUCGGAGACUCAUAGGAUCCGUGUCAUUCCUUCUUUGACAACACUCAAGAUCAUUCAAGAUAGUCCAGAGGAUUAUCACAGCAACACUGGUGCCUUGAUUAUAGGCAAUCCCAAGGUUGAUGGGCUGCAACCAUUGCCAGGUGCAAGAAAGGAAGCGGAGAUGAUCGGACGACUGGUGGGUGUUCCGCCUCUACUAGAAGAGGAAGCAACAAAGCAGGCGGUACUUGAGCGGAUAAGUUCAGUGAGCCUGAUACAUUUUGCUGCCCAUUGUAACGCCGAGAGGGGAGAAAUUGCCCUCUCUCCCAUUCCUGCUCCUAACGGUCGAAACGCUAUCCUACCACAGGAAGCUUACAUGUUGACGAUGGCUGAUGUCUCACGAGUAAAAAUCAGAGCUAAACUGGUGGUGCUUAGCUGCUCUCACAGUGGAAGUGGACAGAUGAGAGCCGAGGAAGUUAUAGGAAUUGCCCGCGCGUUCUUAGGAUCCGGUGCUCGCUCUGUGUUGGUUGCGCUAUGGACCAUUUCAGACUCAGCAACAGAGCAGCUGAUGAGUCGGUUCUACAAACACCUUGUUGAAGGAGAAAGUGCCGGUGAAUCCCUUCAUCAGGCCAUGAAGUGGAUGAGAAAAAACGGCUUUACCAAAGUGUCUGAGUGGGCUUCGUUUACGCUGAUUGGAGAUGAUGUGAGGCUCGAGUUUGGCAAGCAGAGGAAAGAAGAUGAGAAUAGCUCGAAGGAAACAGACCUUAGAGACUUUUCGACGGAUAACCAAAUAUAAUAAGUAGAGAAAAUACUCUAUCCGUUAUUUUAUUGUGUAAUUAAGGAAAGGGCAACCUCAAAUUAAGGACAUUAAUUUCAAUUUUUUACAUUCUCUUUUCCGAUCUUCUCAGAAGGAGGUAUUGGUUACGUAUCCGAGAAUAUUUUUUCUGCACAAAAAUUGUCUUAUCCGGCCGAUAUAAUUAGCACGAAACAUUAUUGACUUAGGGCUCUUAAGUAAAGUGAAAUCAGCAAAGUUAAAACAGUAGUUUAAGCAUCAAAAACGAACCAGUUAAGUCUUACAGGGUUUUCUUACAAAGCCUUUUGUUAUAGGUUUCGUUAACAGAAUCCUAAAUUUUUUUAUUUAAAAUCUUUACGAAAAGCUUUUCUUUUGGUCAGUUCCAGUACUACUUCUGAGUGCUUAAAAGAUUGGAAAAAAAUUCAUGGAUUUCCAAAUAGAACCAUGGAAAAAGCUUUCAAGGUCAAGAACUUAAUCAGUAUCAAGUGGAAAAAUGACGGCAGCAAUAUUUUGAAACUGGUUCAACAAGUCACUUAGGCAUUGUAAUGUUUGAGUUAAAGUAUGUUUGCAUAGUGAUUUAAUUGUUUUUAAGUCAGGUCAUUGUCAAAAUGUUGUUUAGGGAAUCAAAAUAUUCUUGUUUUUUAGCACACUUUAUACAAUUUUUGGCAAAGUU